GCCCGGUCUUUACCAAUAAACGCGAACUCCCGCGAUUGCCCGGAAUCCAUAUUCGUUUUUCUCGAGAAAACCAAGACUGUAGAAUGAUGCAGCCGUGUUGAAAUUCUUCGCUGCGAUAGGACGAUGAGGUCGAGCGAUUGUAGUCCCCUAUUCAAUUCUAGAUGGAACUAGAAAGAGACUGUAUUAUUUCGACAGAACCAAAACAUUCCGAUCAAGAGAAUGUCAAAGUGAUCGAAUGGGAAGACUUCGAACAGGAGCUUGCGCGGCUAUGGAGUCUGUCUUCCGCGCUCAAAGAAGCUAAGGAAAAGAAACAAAGUCUUCAAAAGACGCUCGAGCCUCGUAUUCAGGUCAAAGCUGAGUCAUUGAGUCGGUCAAAUGAGCUAGAAGAAAUGUAUCAGAAGCUAGAGGCUAGAAAGUUGGUGAUGGGAAACAUGUCAAUGCGUUGCAAGGUCGCUGUAGAGGAUGCUAAAAAGAAAGAGGAAAGUCUUGGUAUUGAAGUUAGAUCUCUACUGGUAGCCGGUACAGCUCUUUCUAUGGCGAGGAUGCAAUUGCAGGAAUCAAAUAGCUUACUGGCUGGGGAAAGAGGUUAUGUUCGCCUUAAGAAUGUGCAGAGGAAGCUAUUUGUGAGGCAACAAUAUAUGAUAUCACAAGUUUCAUUACUUUAUCCUCUGAAGAUCUUGGUUGGAUCUGCACAAGAGCAAGAACUUGAAUCAGUUCCGGGUUUUAGUAGAUUGGGAAAUUCCAUGGGAUCUAAAUCUGUUAAUCAAGGAUCGUUGACAAUCUUAGGUUUGCAUUUGACUGUGCCUCCUUUUACAAAGAUGAGUUUUUUCACUGAUAAGAAGGAGGUUCAGAGGUCUUCAACAGCCCUGGGUUAUGUUGCCCAUGCUGUUUUAUUGAUAUCUUCCUAUUUGAAAGUUCCUUUGAGGUAUCCGCUGCGGUUUGGGGGUUCACGCUCAUAUAUUAAUGAUUUUGCACCUUCAAUAGAGCCUAUGUCAUCAGACUUGUUGUCGGAUAUAACCGUUUCUGGAAAUGUGAAACCUGUAGAAUUUCCUCUGUUUCUGGAAGGUCAGGACACAACAAGAGCAGCUUAUGCUGUAUUUUUGUUAAACAAGGACUUGGAGCAACUCCUGAAUUUCAUUGGCGUUAAUAGCUUAGGACCUCGGCAUGUAUUGGCAAAUCUGAAGGAGCUUAUCAGAACGAUCCAGUCUCCAGAGUAUAUAGAUACAGUUUGAUAUACAAGACGACUGUAAUGUGACCUUUUUGUAAAUGAAUUUUCACAUGGGUGCAAAUUUUUUUAGAAAGGCACCAGUUUACAUGAAGCUUUCUUUGUCCACUGUUGUAUUCAAUUGAAUGAAAAAUCAAGUGAUAUUUGGUGAAUAUGGAGAUUAGGAUAAGGAACUCCUGCUUUUAGUA